AUGGUACACCUGGGGCUCCUGGGCAAGAAGGACAACCUGGAGAGCCCGGAAAUCCAGGAGAACCUGGCGAUCCUGGUACCCCUGGAAACAAUGGCGGAGAUGGCCAGCUCGGACAGCCAGGGCCAAUCCGGACAGCCUGGAAAUCGAGGACCAAGCGGAAUGCCGGGGUUGGACCUUGGAUACUGUAAAUGCCCACCGUUGCCUGUGGUCAAAGGCGCUCCAUAUUUGGCUUCCCCACCUCCGCCCGUUCCACUCGUACCAGUUGCUGUACCACCGCCACCACCCUCGCCUCUACCACCACCACUACUUGCUCCGACGUAUUCAGUGCCGAUUCUGAAUACGCCACCUACAGGUCCGCUUCCUCCACCACCGCCCGGCCCGGUCCCAGUGGCCUUUCCGGCGCUUCCACCCGGGACUGUCCUACCACGAGGUCCGAUCGUAGGAGGAGCACCUGUUUUGGUGCGU